AACAUCACUUCCUGUUUAAAAAUGGCUGUACACGUACGGCUUUAUGUAAUAUAGAAAACGGUUUUGAGCUUUUACGUAUUCGUUUGACCUSUUUUGCAGCGUAUACAUAAACAUGGUCCGUCUAUCAUCCUUCCUACUGAAGACAUACCAUGGAGGACACAUUGUCAUCAGAUUGGCAAUGGCUGGCCACAAACAGUCUAACAGACCUUUCUACCGGAUUGUGGCAGCUUACAACAAGCGAGCACGAGACAGUAAAUACAUAGAACAACUGGGCUCUUAUGACCCCCUGCCAAACAUCUACAAUGAGAAACUGGUCAGUUUCAACUCCGACAGGAUCAAGUACUGGAUGGGCUGUGGUGCACAUCCAACGAAGCCUGUGGCCAAACUUUUAGGACUUGCUGGGUUCUUCCCCCUGCAUCCCAUGACAGUAACAGAGGCAGAGCGUCGCAGGGCKCUGGCAGAACUAGCAGAAGGAGCAGCUCCGGAGGAGGUAGAUAAGCAGCAGGACCUAUGAGCUGCAGUGUUGGAAGGUGUGGGACUGUCAAGCGUAGCAGGAUGUGGGCAAUGUGCCAUUCCCCUCCCAAAAGGCUGACUGUUUCCAGUGAAAGCCUUUGUUCUAUGUGUAACUAUGAAUAUUCAGAAGCAGUGCUUUUCCUACAGCUUUUCUUUUUUUUAUGUAACCAGUGUGCAGUGUAUUCACAUCUUUAUAGCAAUGCAUUUGUUUAAUAAACAGUUUCUUGUGGUUGAAGUUAUAAAUUAC